CUUCACAUCGAAGCCUUAUAUUUAGUGACAGGCAGUCCCACACAAAAAGAUGAGCUUAUAAGAGCAACGCUCUCCAUAGGAUUCUGUUCACGUUAAAAUCAUGGCACAGGAAGACCUGAAGAACUCGACAGUCGAGUUGCCGUUGGCUCCGGUUCCGGCUGUUGCGGAGGAGAAAACUGUUAGUCAAGUCCCUGAAAAGAAGCCUGAUGAAUCCAAAUCUCUCGCUAUAGUUGAUAAGGCUCCAGAUUCUGAGAAAAAGAAAAUUUCUGGGGGAUCGCUUGAUAGAGAUGUAGCUCUGGCUGGGGUUGAGAGCGAAAAAAGAUUGUCCUACAUAAAAGCCUGGGAGGAGAGUGAAAAAGCAAAAGCUGAGAACAAGGCCCAGAGGAAGCUUUCUGAUGUUACUGCAUGGGAAAAUAGCAAGAAAGCAUCUGUGGAAGCUAAACUGAAAAAAAUGGAGGAGCAAUUGGAGAGGAAGAAAGCAGAGUAUGCUGAAAAAAUGAAAAAUAAGGUAGCAUUAAUUCACAAACAGGCAGAAGAAAAAAGGGCAAUGGUUGAAGCCAAACGUGCGGAAGAAUUUCUAAAGGCAGAGGAAACGGGUGUAAAAUACCGUGCAACUAACACCACUCCAAAGAAGAGUUUUGGUUGCUUCUGAACUCUAAAUUAUCAAAUGCAUAAUUUUCUUUUUUUUUUUUUUCUGAAACUUUACAUCCGUAUAUUUUCUGAGUCUUUUUGUUGUGUGCUGGUGUUGUCUGUAAACCUCCUUGAAACUUUUGAGAAAAUGCAAGAAUUGUGUGUAUUGAUAUAGAAUUCUAUAUUAUUUAAUCUGAUUUGAGUUUGAUUGGAAAAAAAAAGAAAAAAACAGCUGUUUUACGUUGUA